AUGUGCUUGACAAAUUCUCAAGCGUUUCGACUAGUUUUGUUUGCAAAACGGAUAUACCAGAAAUAUAACCUCAGCCAUUUCCUGCUUCUUUCAUCCUAUGUGUCUUUCAUUGUGGCAUCUGCUGCUGCCUUUUUUGUUAUCGAAUCUUUCAACUCAGAUAGAUUUCGACGUCAAUGGCAGCGAAGACUUGCUAGCGACCGCAACUCAUUUAUUGUCAAAGAUCUACUGCCUGAAAUUUUCAACAACACCAAAUUACUGCUGUAUAUCCAUGAUCAAAAAUCGCAAUAUUUAACCGCUAUCAUGAAUGAACGCCUCGAAGUUUAUGAGAAUCAACUCAAACUUCGACCACCAAUGCCAACCCUGCCAUGUACAUUUCCCAAUGCGUUGUUAUUCGUAUUCUCCACAAUCACUACAAUCGGUUACGGAUACAUCUAUCCAGUAACAGAUGCAGGACGAAUGCUCUCCAUAUUCAUAAGCCUUUUUGGGAUUCCUUUCACGAUUGUCGUCAUUAAGGAUAUGGCUUAUAUCAUUGCAAAAUUGAUGAAUUAUCCCUGCGAACUGCUAGCGAAAUUUUGGGCAGCUUUCCGAUUCUGUACGCUUAGACCCAUCAAUGAAGAUGAACUGGAGAGAAAGCUUCAUGGAGAGCAUGGUGAGAGAAAAGAUUACCGUCUACACAAUAUGGAACGAUUGCUCGCCAUACCGGUGACAGUAGCUGUGAUGGCAUUGGUUGGUUGGACAUGCAUUGGAUGUUUUAUUGUCCACUUCUAUAUCCCUAACCACGACACUUCUACCACUUUUUACUUCAUUUUCAAUUCUCUAGCCACAAUCGGCGUCGGCGAUAUCGAGCCAGGACGUCACCCACUCGUUCUUUUUCUUCUAUUCAUCUACCUGCUCAUUGGACUAUCUAUAGUUUCAUUGUUCAUAAAUCUAUUGCACACAAAAUUUAGUCGCGCAUAUUGGCUUCCUGGCCGAAUGUACAUGCCUUUGAGAACACAUCAACUCCCCGCCACCCACACGCUGGCCAGCUUUGAUAGUUACGAGGAAAUGGGUAUCAGCAGUGACUGUCCAGUAAAUCACCUCACCACCUUGGGUAUACUUCAAGCAGAUGAUAAGUGCCCUCUUCUCGGGGUUUCUCGUCGCGAAUUCGCUUAUAUUGAUGCAAAUACACAAACAGAGAAAACGAUUCCACACGGCUAUCGCCCAACUCCGGUUCUUCCUAGCCCAUCAGCAGUUGUGCUACCGUACCCUCAUACCUCUCACGAGGACGUCAAUUCGCUAAUAGUGGAGACUUACGGUGUCAAACCAGCCAGACUUAUUCUCAAUCCGGACAAAUAA